CAAUCUAUGGGUAAGGGUUUAUGUAAACACAGCACAGUAAAAUGACCCUUAUUACUGUUUUGUGGUAAAAUGCUUCAGCACGUGGACGUGAUGGAUGUGUUUAGGUUAUUGGAAUUAAGUUCAUUAGACGCUACGAAAGUGACAUUCGAAGCGACUGUCCCUACAGGAUUUGAAACUGUGGCGUUAGGUGAAUUCAGAGAUAAAUUUGGCAGUACAGAAGAAGCAUGUCAUUCCAGAGGCAGAAUAUUUUUCAACGUUCCUAACCAUCAGCUGUCUUUGGUUCAGGAACUACGGUCUGUUGAUAAUAUAUUUGUACUUGCUUAUGGUGAUGUGCAGUUGAAAUAUCAAAAUAGAGUUCCUGAAGAUUAUGAACUUAUUAAAAACCAUGCUUCCAUAACCUCUUGGGAUAAAGCUCUAUCAGUAUGGCGUAACGUGUAUGAGUUUUCUGGAAUAUUGUUUCCAACGAAAGAGGAAUACUGUAAUGGGUUGGAGCAAGAACAACACUUGAAAGAACUAACCAAAAUAAUUAUCUCAAAUGAACUUCAUGAUAAAUCUUUAUUUAAAGAGUUUAACUACGAUGAACUAGUCGAAAUUAAAAAUAGUUUUUUAAGAAAGAGAGAGGAAGAAAUUGUACGUGAGUCAUUCAAGGAUAAAUGUAACUCAAGUACAGAGAUAGCAUUUAAGAAAACAAUGGAACAAGCAAUUCGUAACCAACUUGACAAACGAGAGAUGAAAGACAAGGUUUUGAAGUACCGUGUAACUUGUUAUCGAUCGGGUAGGCAUAGUUUUGGGUCACAAGAUGCAGCUUAUCAUUUUGGUGGUGUACUUCAAGACAAGUUUAACUGGAUUGUUGACCUCUCUGUACAUGACUUGGAGGUGGUUCUAACCGUUAAGGAUGACGUAUUGUAUUGCGGGAUAGCAUUGACAAAGGAAUCAAAACACCACCGCAAUAUAGCUCACUUUGGACCUACAACGUUGAGAGCAACCAUUUGCUACAACUUGCUCCGUUUAGGUGCACCAGCUGUAGGUGAUGUCAUUAUAGAUCCUCUGUGUGGAGGUGGUUCUAUAUCUAUUGAGGGCUGUAUUGCAUUCCCAGGAACUUACCAUCUGUGCGGUGACGUCCAUUUGAAGGCUACUUCAAGAACAAGCAAAAACAUAAAAGAUUUAAGAAACAAGGAAAGUUUUAUUGAACUUUUGAUGUGGGAUGCUAAAGCACUCCCACUUUUAGAUUCCUGUGUUGAUUUGUUUGUUACUGAUCUGCCAUUUGGAAAGCGUAGUGGUUCCAGACACGACAACAGAACGUUGUAUCGGGACGUGUUGGUGGAGUUAGGUCGUGUCGUGCGGCCUUCUUCAGGUCGCGCCGUGCUGCUCACACAAGAUAGAAACAGCAUGAGCGUUGCCUUCUCGCAAACAUGUGGGCUGUGGACAAUCACGAAGAUCAUGCGGGCGAACAUUGGUGGUUUGGAUGCGGCUGUGUAUGUUCUACGGAGAGAACCAUCUGUUUACUACCGUGAUAUUUUAUUUUCAAGAAAGAAAAAGAAAAGGAAAAUAAAAAACAAGAACUGUUAAGGCUUCAAGUACAUCAGCCAGUGCUUGCUGCCAGUAUUAUGUUUUUAUUCUCCGGACACUGUUAUUGAUAUUGUUCAUAGGCUGG